AUGGAAGAAGACAUGCACAGCACAAUUUCCAACGCCAAAACAAAUGUGAUUGCAGAAGCUUUUGAUUCAAGCAACUUCACUUAUUCAUCUUAUGCACUCAAUCGGUCAAGACCGGAUGGUUAUCCAUCUUCGGCAAAAUUCAAAGGAGUUGUGCAGCAGGCAAACGGACACUGGGGAGCACAAAUCUAUGCCAAUCACCAACGAAUUUGGCUUGGGACUUUUAAAUCGGAGAUGGAUGCAGCAAUGGCUUAUGACAGCGCUGCCCUAAAGCUUCGGAGUGGAGACUUUCAUAGAAACUUUCCAUGGACCAGUUCUACUAUUCAUGAACCAAGCUUUCAAAGCCAUUAUAGUACAGAUAAAAUUUUGAACAUGAUCAAGGAUGGGUCUUAUCCGUCAAAGUUUGCAGAUUUUUUGACAAGUGAAAAGGCAGAAAAAGAAUUACAUCUAAACUUGGCAAAAGUGCAUGGAAAUGAGGGGUUUUCUUGUAAACUACUUUUUCAAAAGGAGCUAACUCCAAGUGAUGUGGGUAAGCUGAAUAGACUUGUCAUUCCAAAGAAAUAUGCUGUUAAGUAUUUCCCUUAUAUUCCUGAAAAUCCAGAAGAAAAUGUGAUUGGUGGGAAGGUGGAUGAUGUUCAACUUGUAUUUUACGAUCGGCUGAUGAGGUCGUGGAAAUUUAGGUAUUGCUACUGGAAGAGUAGCCAGAGUUUUGUAUUCACCAGGGGAUGGAAUCGAUUUGUCAAAGAAAAGGAAUUAAAGACAAAUGACAUAGUAGCCUUCUACAUGUGUGAAGUUGGAGAAAGAGAAAAAGAAGGGCAAGCAUUCUGCAUCAUAGAUGUAGGUUACAAGGGGGACUCGAGCAACAAUGGCAUGGCUGCAGGAUUCAACCAAAAUGUUGGGUUACAGGCCGAUCUAUGUCUAAGGUUGGGACAAAAAUUCAACUGCAUAUUAGUCAAUCAAGAAAAAGAAGACUUUAAAGAUAUAGUGCCAACACCCAAUGUGGAGAAAAAAGGUGUUAGGCUUUUUGGGGUUCAGAUAGAUUAG